CUGAGGAGGAGGGGGGUAUUGUACAGUUUAGGUAGUCAGUGGCCACGGAAGUUAUGUUUGGUGUUUGAAAAUAUAAGUUUUGCAAUUCAAAUUGUCAUUUUUCUCUACAGGUGGAUGUCUUCAGGCAAAAACAGCAAUUUUUCCUUACUGCAUUGGGAGGAAUUUGAUCUGAUUUAACUUUUUUCUUUGCAGUAACUGUUUAUAGAUAUUGAAUGUAUUGCCUAUCAGAAACAACCUAACUAAGCAUACUGUUAAAGUGUCCAGAACAGCUGCAUCCAUGUCUUGGUUAUCCUGGCUCUUCACUCUGUGGCCCUCCUUAGCCCCAUCCCUGCUCCUUGUGGGGCUUGAGGGAAGACAGCUGGGGCUCAGGGUGGGACUGCAGUGUGUUCAGACAAUGACUUGUUCUCGGUGGGGCACGCUCAGCAACCAGGGUCUGUUCCAGGACGGAGAUGUAGUUAUCGGCGGUCUCUUUAGUCUUCAUUACCAACCUCCAGCUAUAGACUACGUCUUCACCCAGCUGCCACACUACAAACCUUGCACUGGUUUAGAACUUUCUCCAUUGCAAUAUGUAUAUGCAAUGGUGUUUGCGGUGGAAGAAAUCAAUAAUAGCACUACGCUGCUACCAGGUGUGACGCUGGGGUACCAUAUUUUUGAUAGCUGUGGUCGACCACCAUGGGCUCUCCAGGCAGCAUUGUCACUUGUUGGAGGAGACAGCACCAGCUGUAAUUUAACAGACCCUCCAGAUUAUUCUGCUGGAGAGGGAAUUGGAGAAAGGAGAGGUGAUCGCCCUGUUCCCUUGAUCAUCGGUGGUGCUUCGUCUGUAACAAGCCAGAUACUCUCCAGAAUCCUGGGGCCACUCUCUGUACCUUUAAUUAGCUACCUGUCGAGCUGCCCCUGUCUAAGUGACAGGCGCCAAUUUCCUAACUUCUUCAGGACCAUCCCCAGUGAUAUUUAUCAAGCUCGGGCCAUUGCCCAGCUUGCUGUUCGCUUCAGUUGGACCUGGAUUGGGGCAGUGGUAGCAAACAACGAUUAUGGCCACAUGGCAGUAAAGGUAUUCCAGGAGGAGACUCAGGGGAAAGGGCUGUGUUUGGCGUUUGUAGAGACUCUCCAAAGGGAAAACAUUGUGAGUGAUGCCAGACGAGCAGCACUAACAAUUCAAGCCUCGACUGCGAGGGUGAUUCUGAUCUUUACCUGGUACACUGAUGUGAGGGAACUGUUCCUGCAGCUAGCCAAUAUAAAUGUGACUGACAGACAGUUUCUGGCCAGUGAAGCUUGGAGCACCAGUGGUAAUCUUCUACAAAAUCCUGUCACUUCUAAAGUGGCAAAAGGUGUUCUUGGUGUGGCCAUUCGAAGUUCACCUAUACCUGGAUUUGAAAAUUAUCUCAGAAGUUGCCACACAUCUCGUCGUCCUCAUGAUGAGUUUUUAAAAGAAUUCUGGGAAAAGGAGUUUGGUUGUAGCCCUGCAGCCACCCCUCUUCCUUCAUAUGCCUCCUCUUCCCUCAAGUCUGUAACACUUGCAGAAAGUUCUAGUCAUUUAUUAAACAUUUCUACAACACCCCCUGCCAGUAGACCUGUUCAAAAGGCUUCUCCACCACCCUGCAGUGGGACAGAGUCCCUGGAGGGAGUGCAGAAUCUCUUUACAGACACCUCUCAGCUAAGAGUAACAUAUAAUAUCUAUCUUGCUGUUUAUGCUGCAGCCCACGCCCUUCACAGCCUUCUGACCUGCCCUGACAGAGACAGCCCUUCUGGAAACAACAGUUCCACCUGCUCCUCUCCAAAAAACAUCAAACCCAUAGAGCUGUUGCAGCACUUGAGCAACGUGAGUUUCACCACGCCACAGGGUGAAAUGUUUCACUUCCAAGGUGCCGACAUUCCAGCAAAGUACGACCUUGUCAACUGGCAGAAGACCCCUGAGGGGCCCCUCAAACUUGUCUUGAUUGGUCAUAUUGAUGGGUUUGACCUCCACCUUAAUGAGUCAGCUAUUCAGUGGAGCACAGGGUCUAAUCAGGUGCCUGUUUCAGUGUGCAGUAAGAGCUGCCCCCCAGGUACCCGAAAGGUCAACAGGAAAGGAGAACCUCUCUGCUGCUUUGACUGUAUUCCAUGUGCUGAUGGGGAGAUUAGCAAUAAAACUGGUUCCCUUCACUGUGAGCGUUGUCCUUCUGAGUUCUGGUCCAAUGUUGAACAAACAGCCUGUGUUCCUCGUCAGCUGGACUUCCUUUCCUUCAAUGAAACUUUGGGCAUUACUCUGACUACAGCAGCUGUGUCUGGUGCUAUGAUGACAACAGCUGUGUUUGUGGUGUUUAUUUGCUACCGUCAAACACCUAUGGUGAGAGCCAACAAUUCAGAGCUGAGCUUCCUACUUCUCCUGUCGCUGAAGCUCUGCUUCCUGUGCUCACUGGUCUUCAUUGGUCGUCCAUCAGUCUGGUCUUGUCGGUUCCAGCAGGCAGCUUUUGGGAUCAGCUUUGUACUUUGUGUUUCCUGCCUCCAAGUCAAGACGAUAGUAGUUCUCGCAGCAUUUCGCUCAGCUCGGCCUGGUGCUGGAGCCUUGAUUAGGUGGUUUGGUCCAGGCCAACAGAGAGGGAGUGUCGGCCUUCUCACCUGUAUACAGGUCAUCAUCUGUGCCAUAUGGCUGUCCCUCAGUCCCCCAGUGCCUCGACGUGAUCUGGGUUUCCAAGGGUCAAAGGUCACGCUGGAAUGUGCCAUGGCCUCAGUGGUGGGCUUCUCUCUGGUUCUGGGCUACAUUGGCCUGCUGGCCUGCUCCUGCCUUCUUUUGGCCUUUCUUGCUCGGAAACUCCCUGACAACUUCAAUGAGGCCAAACUGAUCACCUUCAGCAUGCUGAUAUUCUGUGCUGUCUGGGUUGCCUUUGUCCCUGCUUACGUUAGCUCUCCUGGGAAGUAUGUUGUUGCUGUGGAAAUAUUUGCAAUCCUGGCCUCCAGCUAUGGGUUACUGCUCUGCAUUUUUGCCCCCAAAUGUUUCAUCAUUCUCUUGAGGCCUGAGAAAAACACUAAGAAACACCUGAUGGCCAGGUAGCAUGGCUAAAUUACCAAUACACAUAACUGGUUCAUCCAUAUCCCAUAUAUAGCUUUUUUUGAGUCCUCUUAGUCUUCUUUCCUUUUCACUUGGCACAGAUUCAUUAUAUUAUAUCAUAUUUUUUACACUGUAUAAUGAAAAAUGAAAAGGUUAUAGUUUUGAUUUUCCAAAAAAAGAAAAUAUGAUAUGAUGACACAGUUACUAUUGUUUGUUAAAAGUGCACCUACUGUACAUUACCUGAUGGCUCUAUCUCAAAUUUCUUAAGAUAUUAAAUUACCUUUGACAGAAUAAAAAUAAAUAAAUAAAUAAACGUU